CCCCGCUGGGGAGGCCUGCGACUGCGCCUCUAAAGGCGCUGCCAGACUGCUUUUGCGCUACUUCUCCCAGCUCCUCGCCGCGUCCGCCAGUUCCUAAGUCCUUGCACCUACCCGCCGUCAUGUCUCAGGCUGAGUUUGACAAAGCUGCCGAGGAUGUUAAGAACCUCAAGACCAAGCCAGCAGACGAUGAGAUGCUGUUCAUCUACAGCCGCUACAAACAGGCGACUGUGGGUGACGUAAAUACAGAACGGCCUGGGAUGUUGGACCUCAAAGGCAAGGCCAAGUGGGAUGCCUGGAAUGAGCUGAAAGGGACGUCCAAGGAAGAUGCCAUGAAAGCGUACGUCAACAAAGUAGAAGAACUAAAGAAAAAAUAUGGAAUGUAGGGACUGGGUUUGGCUGCCAGCCACGCAUGUCAUCUAAACUGAUAAUCAUGCCUUGUUUUUCUAAUACCACGGAUGAAG